AUUUUAUUUUUGAGAAAAUUAGGGGGCCGGGGGAAGAUAGACGAUUUUCAAUUAAUCCUUAGCAACUUUUUUUGUUUUUCUAGGAGAAAGUACAAGCUUACGGGUGAAAUUUGGAAUUUAUUCUUAUUCCAUAAGAGUCCAUAAUCCAUGAUAAUUUGUAGUGUGAAAUGCAUCUUAGAUUACUAACAGCCGACAAAUUGCAUCAACUUGAACAAGCAGUUUGAAGUUGUAGUUUGCCAGUUUACGCGCGUAUCUAAGCAUUUCAAAUAUAUGUUAGCAUCUAUAACCGAAUUAUUCACCCUAUAUUCUAUGAAUGUAUCAACACAAAUUUAAUGUAUUUUCAGCUAUUUCGAUUUCUUGAAACCUCUUUUUAAACCUUUCGUGUAGCUGAAGAUACUUCUAAUAUUUUCGCUACACUUUUUAACACACACACAUAAAAAGCAACCACAUUUAAUAUUAUCUUUUAUUACACCUUACAGUAAAAAAAAAGAAUUCCCCCUCCCGAUGUCUGCUGCACUUACUUGCUUCCGCUGUGGUGAACCCGGUCACAUUUCCCGCGACUGCACGGCCGUCAACACGGAUUCGCGCACAUGCUACCACUGUGGAGAGGUCGGUCACAUCAGUCGUGAGUGCCCCAAGGAGCGGGCACAGCGUCAGCCCACGGUCAAGGCCUGUUACAACUGUGGCUCCGAACAGCACCUCUCGCGGGAGUGCCCCAACCCGCCCUCUGGCAGCGACCGCCGCACUUGUUACAACUGUGGCAAGCCUGGUCACCUCAGCCGUGACUGUCCCAAGGAGCGUAACAACAAGGCUUGUUACAACUGUGGUGAAGAAGGCCAUGUUUCGCGCGAAUGUACAAAAGAACGCAAGGAAUAG